AUGGUAGAAGAUCAAAAGGCAGAGGCAAAUGUCCCUCUUUCAACUCUUUCACCACCUGAGGGCAACACUACGUUUCUCGACGGCUCGUCGUGGUGUGUGGCCCGGCCCGGCAUGUCGUUGGUUGAUCUACAGAUCGCGUUGGAUUGGGCAUGUGGAGUCGGCAGAGCCGAAUGCAGCCCAAUCCAGCCCGGAGGCACGUGCUUCGAGCCCAACAACCUUCUUUCCCAUGCUUCCUAUGCCUUCAACAGCUACUACCAACAAAAUGGCAAUUCCGAUAUUGCUUGUUACUUCGGAGGGACCGCCGUUUUAACUCGGAAUAAUCCAAGUUAUGCAAGAUGUGAGUUUGCCACAUCAGAGUGA